AUGCCAUGGGAGCAGGUUUACAGAGAGAAAGAGCUUGAUUUUGUACAUGUUGAAUUUGAAAUGCCAGUGGAACAGCCAGCUGAAACUGCAUGGGAGCGCAGUGAGGCGUGUGGGUAUGGACCCCAGGUAUGGUCUGAAGACCCUGAUUUGAGAGUCAUCAGCACAAAUGUCGAAGCAGAGGCCAUGAAUAAGAUCACCCAAAGAAGGAAAAGUUAUCAGCUGGUAAAUAUCGUAGAAGGUAGAGCGGUCCAGGGACUCACAGGUCUCACUAAAGAAAAGUCUAGCGUAGGUUCACGGCACGGAGAGAUUUUAAGGCUGCCUAAGACUAAUUUUAGCCAAAUACGAAGUCCACAUCUGCGGUCCGCACCUUAUCUCUCCGCGCGGCAGGCGCGACGAGGGCGAGAAACUCCCUCUCCAGUGGUCGCACCACACGACACCAGGGAAGGGGCCCCUCUCUCCAGACCCUCAUAUCUCCAGGUCCAGGCCCCAUUUUCCUCCGCUGACAGCUCAGCAGCGUGCGCUUCCGCUGGAUUCAGGACAGGACCAGCCAAGCCGCACCUUACACCCACCGAGGAGGAAACAAGCCUGGCCGCCCGAGGCUACCCCGCUAGGCCGCGGGUAGUGGGGGAGGGGGCGCUGAGGCAGGAGGUCAGCACCCGGGCGCGGGCUGCCGCCCCACGAAAUGCGCGCGCUCCAAUCCCCGCCGCCGGAGAUGCGGUUCCGGUCCGGACGCCUGCGCACUACGGUUCUCCCCGCAGCCUCUGGCCCUCCUUCCCCCUCCCCCAGUCAGGGCGCACCCUUGCGCCUGCGCUGUGCGUGUUCCUGGUCUGCGGCAGCCAUGCUGAACCCGUAUGGAGAGAUUCUUCGCUGCUGCUGCCUUACCGCCGAGAACCACCACCCGCCGGGCGUCUUGCGGCCACACCCCUGGCGGGCUCAGGCAGGCUACGCCCACGCGACCCCUCCCGUUUCCCUGCUCUGGCCAAUGGAGGAGCUACGAAUGGCACGACCUGCUCGAGCUUGGCAGUCUCCAGUUGGGCUGUGCAUGGAAGCUUGGGAAGACUUUGUUGGAAGGGGAGGCGGGGACAGAGUGCUGGAGGCUCUGGGGCGAUGGCUUCCGCACCUCUUCCAACCACCCUCUUUCCCUGGAGUCGGCGGACCACAGCUCAGCCAAUUGGCUUGGAGAUGUGGCGGGUUGCCACUUCCCUGUGGGUCUCUGCGGCACUCUUCUGCCUGGUGACUGACACCUUGGAAAUGAAGUUUAUGACGUCAUCGUUGCGGCUGGCCAAUAGAAAAAGCUCCCGCGGAGAGGUGUUCCUUCCCCUUCGACUCAGCUUCUUCACCCGCGUGAGCGAGCGCGCGCGCGCGGAGGGGGUGGGGAAAAUCUCAAGCAGGGUGGCGCGCAUGAGCGGCGAAGCUCCUCCUCCCCGCCUAUAUAUAAAGGGCUGGCGCGGGGCUCGGCGGCGCCAUUUCGUGCUGGAGUGGAGCAGCCUCUAGAACGAGCUGGAGGAU